ACUUAGGACAUCAGCUUUGCCAUAUGCCAUACCUCAGGCUUCGCAACGUACACCUCGUUGUCUCCAUCUACCAAGGUACCCACAAGGAACGGAUUGAAUACAGAUCCACAUUCUAAGCGGGUGCAAUACGAUGGAGGGAACUACAGUUUCUAGAGCAAUGAAGAACAUAUACUCCCCGCUUUUUAUUGAACAGGCUCAGGAUGAGGCUCAAGACGAGCCCCAGACCGCUAAGCAGCCACCCGAUCAUGCCGACCCGGGCGAAACCGUCGCGGAGUAUCUGCUGGAGAGGAGCGCAGAGUUUCGCAGGGUCAGCGCCAUUCGACAAAAGGGAUGGGACAGCCCUGAGGGCGAUGUUUACUUCCGACAACUGCGCAAAGCCGCCGACGAAGCGGAUGAGAAUUCGGCACCAUUCUUCUAUAAGCUGAUGAGAAACCUCGGGAACGAGCUUCACCAAUCUACGAAUGCGUUUGCGAUACGACGGCCCCAUCCCUGGGAGCCGAGAGGUCGGGCGAGGAUUCUGGAUAUGUGCAUGGCUCCAGGUGGCUUCCUCGCGACGGCGUUGGAUAAAAACCCCCGUGCCGAAGCCCUAGCAUUCAGCUUACCUAUUUCUGCCGGCGGACAUACGGUUCUUGUCCCUAGUUCUAAGACUGUCGAGCAGAGGUUCUUGGACAUUACGAUGCUCGCGAGAGACAUGGGUGUCGAAGAUAUUCCCGAAGACCAUCCGGAUGCCGGCAACUUCUUGCCGCGACAAUUCGAGCCGGAUGAUCUGUUCGACUUGGUCCUAUGCGACGGGCAAGUUCUUAGGAUACACCCGAGGGCCCCGUAUCGCGAGAACCGAGAGGCGAAGAGGCUCUCGUUUACGCAGUUGGCUCUCGGUCUCGAGCAUCUCAGGCCUGGGGGAACGAUGAUCGUGCUCCUUCACAAGAUCGAGGCGUGGGACAACGUGAAUCUCAUAUGGAAGUUUCAUCAAUUUUCGUCCGUCAGAAUUGUGAAACCCAAGAGGGGCCAUGCGAAGCGUUCGUCGUUUUACAUGGUCGCUACCAAUAUUCGGAGCCGUCACCCCCAAGCUAUUCAAGAGAUCAACAAUUGGAAGAGGGUCUGGAAAGUUGCUACGUUCGGCUCAGAUGAUGAGUACGAACGAGUACUCUUAGAAGGGAACGUCGGCGUGAACGAGCUUCUUGAAGAAUUUGGGCCGAAGCUCAUAGAUCACGGAACUGGAAUCUGGAGAAUCCAGGCAGAUGCUUUGGAAAAGGCGCCGUUCAUCCAGCGAAAGUGAUGAUAUUAGGUACCUGUCUAAGAACGGUGUUUUGUUGACCUGGGGCUGAUAAUGCGGCUCGUUUCAUGUCGGUAGUAUGUCCAAAAUUGUAGUCCGUAUGCAAGGCUUUGAUUACGAAAUAUUGAUGAUGUUGGAUAGAUGCCUUGUGGUUAAUCGUUUGACUUGAAGUCGUCCACGUGCUUGACAAGAGGUUGGAAAAAAGGGGGAAAAAUUCAACUCGCCCCCCUGAGCUAACGAUAAAC